UGAGUGACGAAGAGGAGUCUGAUUAUAAGGCCAAGGCUCAAGAUGAUUUUGAAGACGAGAUUGAGUCAGACAAACAAGAAAGUGACGAGCCAAAACAAAAAAAAAAAACUUCAAGAUCUAAGAAAGCAAAGACCAAAAAACAUGAAGAUGAGAGCGAGGAUAGCGAAGAUAGUCCUGCUUCAAAGAAUCCCAAGGGUCAGGAUAAGAAAGGCGAUCGUAGAGAAAAUGAGCAGGGUGAAGCAUAUUUCCAGCUUUCCGAUAAAAAACGUGUUACUGUCCGUGAAUUUAAAAAUAUGAUCUUGAUCGAUUUUCGUGAAUACUUCCGUAAAGACGGUGAAUAUCUCCCAGGAAAAAAAGGCAUGAGUUUGCAAGUUGACCAAUGGAAUAAACUUAAGGAACAAAUUGACGAUAUCGAUGCCGAGAUCAAAAAGUUGGAAUAG